UGGUUAAUGAGUUACUAAUUUGGUUAUGAGUGCACAGUCGUGCCUGAGCAAGCGUUACAUAUUUCUGAAUUUCUCUGAAUUCACUUGUUUGCUUUAUGAAUCAUAACUGGGCUUCGUCUCUUCGUCUCUCAAUGUCACCAUUCUGUCCUUGUUGAAUGUUUCCGUCAAGGUGUUCUUUUGCUACUUAUAAUCUCUUAUAACAGGAAACUGUUCGGGGAAUUUUUUUUCUGAAGAUAAAAAAAAAUAAAUUAAGUUUGUUAGCUAUUAGCAUUAGAGAAUUAGCACGUCACAUAGGCACUAGCAUUGUACAUCGAGUCCGCUUCGUUUUUGCGUAACAGUAUUAGCAAAAUUUAAAAGGGCUGCUUUCUGGAAUCAGUUGAACACUGGACCAAACAUGUCACUAUAGAAACACUGGAACUGGAGUCUGUACAGAUGUGCUAGCAAUGCUAACUUUUUUGCUAACUAGUUCUGAGUGGGUUCUCUUUCAUCCGGACGAGUUCGGAGUCGGUGACUUCAGUAUUUCUGUAAGGAAAAUUCCUGGUGUUCAGAGUCAGGUUACGCAGCUGCUUCAGAGGAUUUUCUGAUCUCCAUAUUCAGAUUAUUCACAUCACCUGUGUGUAGUUCUCACCUCAAGGUUCCCAGACUUUCCUUGGCCGGAAUCGUCCGAAUUUCUACAGCGUUUUUCAUUAGUGUCUAAACCACUACCUUUAAACACAAACACUCUGCUUUAACCUGAAAAAAAAACCCAGUCCUGUGCAAAAGUCUUAGGCUACAUCCACACGACAACGGCAACGAGAUUUUUUUUUUAGCGGGUAAAAAAAAUAUCGCGUCCACAUGGGCAACGGAUCAGUAAAAUAUCAGGUACAUAUGGCAACGCAACGCUUGCUGAAAAUGAUGCAAUACACAUGCCACACCUCUAUGUGCGCUGUAAGACGGUCCCAUCGGAGACACCAGAACAAUAGAAGAAGUAGGACGCAUGCGCAUAAACCCCUUCUUCUACCUGGCGUGAAGCACUCACAGGAACAAACACACAACAACAACAAGAAGAUGGCUGCGACUACGUGAGGAAAUUGUGCCUUCUGUGUGUACAAAUUAGUUUUAUUAGUGUGCAUAGUUUUAUAUAACUUAAUUUUCUUAUUGUGUGUGAACAUUUUGAAAAGCAGUCUUAUCCAAUAAAAAAAAAAGAAAUUCAAGAAAUGGUUCAGUUACUUGUUUAUUUAAAAGAAAAGCUGUUGUUGUUACGAAUGAUGCGCGCGAGAGUGCUGCUUGUUCUAGUCAUGUGGUUGUGACGUCAUCGUAAACAAAUCUGUUCUACUCAUCCAGACGACUUCGCAACAGCGCCGUUGCCAGAUUUUUCCACUCUGGAACCCGUUCUCAAAAAAUAUCGUUUUGGGGCACCCAAAAACGCCGGUGCCGUGUGGACGCCAGGCCAAAACGAUGAACAAUUUUAUUGGAUUCACCUGAAUCCGUUGCCGUGUGGACAGGGCCUGAGUCCCCCUAUUUUUUUCCAUACAAACUUUGUUAUAGAUUUCUACUUUAUGACGGCUACGUUAUCGAGUCCAAACGUUUGGGUUUUUUCCAGCACAAAAUUAAAUGUUACAGAAAAAAAGUUUGUAUCUGAGCAGCGUAUUCCACAAGAGAGCACUUUUCAGAUGAAAAAAGAAAACAUAAUGAAGGCUGCUGGGUUUUGGUGUAAAAUGAAGACGUGAGUGUGACAGUCAAAGUGUCCAGAAGAACUGUGGCUGGUUCUGGAAGACGCUCAGGAAAACCUACAGAUCAUUUCCGCAUAAAACUGACCUCACUGGACGUGUAAACAGCAAAGGGUCGUCUCACACCAAAUAUUGACUUUGUUUCAUUUAUUAUGGGGAACUGAUUACUGUUUAUCGGCAUUUUUUUAAUGUUGAAACAUUUCAUUUCAUUAUUUUUAAGCCAUUUUUUUUUGUCUGCAGCAUUUCUUUCUGUACAUGUGCCUAAGACUUUUGCACAGGACUAAUAUCGGGAUAGAAAAUAUGGACUUCAGAAAGAAAUAGUUUUUUUUUCCUUUCACAUGUACUAGAAUGUAACACAAAAGCAAGAGAUAAUUAAAAAAUGAAAAAUACUAUGAUGAGUGAGAAAAUUUUGCAAGUGUUGAAAUAAAACUAAUAGGAGUUUUGUAUUUCACCAGUAGAUCACUCUAUGAAUCAUCCUCGCUGUAAUGAUCACAUUGAUCACUGGUUUAAUUGAACAAAAUGUUCCACAGUCAUCAUUCAGCAGCACAGAGAAUAGCACUUGAUCCAGUGCAGAGUAAUAUUUUACAUUUUACCUGGGGGAGCCAUGGGCUAAUGGUUAGAGAAGCAGCUUUGGGACCAAAAGGUUGCUGGUUUAAUUCCCUGGACCAGCAGGAAUGGCUGAAGUGCCCUUGAGCAAGGCACCUAACUGCCCCCCAGGCUGCUCUGGGUACACUGUACAGUACAUCGCUCUGGAUAAGAGCAUCUGCUCAAUACCUGUAAUAUAAUGUACAGCGCCCUCCACAAUUAUUGGCACCCCUCGUUAAGAUAUGUUCUUAGACUUCUAAUAAAUUCAUUUUUUUUAAAUAAUAUAGGACAACAAUGCAAAAAAAAAAAAAAGAGAAAAAUCCAACCUUUAAUUCAAGUGCAUUUAUUCAGUGGGAAAAAAAAUCCCACAUUAAGAAAUAAUUCUUUUACAUGAAAUCAUGUGUGCCACAAUUAUUGGCACCCCUGAUGUUAAUACUUUGUACAACUCCCUUUUGCCAACAAGACAGCACUUAAUAUUCUCCUAUAAAACAUUUCACAAGAUGGGAGAAUACAGAGAGAGGGAUCUUCGACCAUUCAUCUUUGCACAAUCUCUCUAAAUCAUCCCGAGUCCUGGGUCCUCUCCUAUGCACUCUCCUCUUCAGCUCACCCCACAGGUUUUCAAUUGGGUUGAGGUCUGGGGACUGAGAUGGCCAUGGGAGGAGCUUGAUUUUGUGUCUGGUGAACCAUUUGGCCACAUGUUUAGGGUCAUUAUCUUGCUGAAAGACCCAGUGAUGACCCAUCUUCAGCUUUCGGGCAGAGGCCACCAGAAUUUGAUUUAAAAUGUCCUGGUAUUUCAAAGAGUUCAUGAUGCCAUGCACCCUAACAAGGUUCCCGGGGCCUUUGGAAGAGAAACAGGCCCACAGCAUCACCGAUCCUCCCCCAUACUUCACAGUGGGCAUGAGGUGCUUUUCCGCAUACUCAUCUUUUGUGAUGUAUUAGAGUGUUUGUUGCCAAAAAGCUCUAUCUUGGUCUCAUCUGACCAAAGCACACGGUCCCAGUUGAAGUCCCAGUACUGCUUAGCAAACUCCAGAUGUUUACGUUUAUGCUUGUAAGUGAGAAAAGGCUUUUUCCGUGCAUGCCUCCCAAACAGCUUGUUGGCAUGUAGAUAGCGCCUGAUGGUUGUUAUGGAGACUUUGUGACCCCAAGAUGCUACUCUUUGAUGCAAUUCUCUAACAGUGAGCUUUGGAGAACUUUUUACUUCUCUUACCAUCCUCCUCACUGUGCGUGGUGGCAAGAUAAACUUGCAUGCUCGUCCAGGCUUGUUUGCCACUGUUCCAGUUGUUUUAAACUUCUUGAUGAUUCCUCUGACUGUAGAUAUGGGCCGGUGUAGGCGAGCGGCUAUUUUCUUGUAGCCAUUGCCUGACUUAUGAAGGUCGACACACAUCUGCCUUACUUGAAUGGUGUGUUCUCUUGUCUUUCCCAUGUUGAAGAGUGGAUAAGAGAAAUAGGCCUCUGUGUCACAUCAUAUUUAUACCCCAGGGAAACAGGAUGUGAUGAAUUAAAGGUUCCUAGAUACUCUGAUCAACUUUAUAAACUACAGUAGAAAUGACAGAAAUGCUUCAAUUACAUUUUAUUUUCUAGGAAUUGUUAUGGGUGCCAUUUUUCUACAAUUUUCAGUGUGAGAUUAUGCUUCUGCAAUAAAAAUUGAAUUUAUUUUAAAGCUUUUAAUACAUCUUAACCAGGGGUGCCAAUAAUUGUGGAGGGCGCUGUAAAUAUCCUGCUCUGACUGUUAACACUGUAACAUUUUUGUGAGAUGUAAAUGAUUUUAUCACACCUUUAAUUCACUCUUUGGAUUGGUCGUAUGGUUAGGAUCAAGAAUAACUGAGACACGCCUCUGUUUUAGACAAACUCCGCCCUGCACGAGUAACUCUAAUGUACGAAGGUAUCUCACAAAGUUCUCGGCCUCACCCGGAAACAGGAAGCGUGUGUAACUCCAUUUUGGGGCGUAACUGUAUACUAUAAAGCUUUAUAUCGCUGUUUACAAAAACUAAACUGAAAGAAGCAAUCACAGAAAAAAGGAGAGGAAAGAAAGCCUCAAGCCAGCGUGCUGUAGCUGCAGGACAAUGCGCCAUCCACACAGCACAGGAGACAGGGCCAGGAGCAGCCGAAUGUGGCUUUGAACUGUUGCCUUGUUCGCCUUAUUUAUCCGACCCGGCACCGUCUAACUCCGAUCUGUUACCCAAACUGAAAUUCCACUCGCAUGGUCGCCAUUUUCAGAGUGAUGAAGUCAUCCAUGCUGUUGAGGAGGAUCUGGAGGCUCAAGAUGUGACCUUCUAUGAAGGGAUAGCGAAACAUGAACAUCAGUGGACCAAGUGCGUUGAAGUUAAAGGAGACUAUGUUGAAAAAUAACACAAGAACAAUCUUUUUCCUGUGACGUUUUCUAGGCGAGGCCGAGAACUUUGCUGAACUCCGUCCUAACCUCGUGUCUGAAUGCGAAAUUUCAGUAUUAAAUCCUCACUGCGUGUUUAACUCAACUCUGAAUACUUCACUCUCUCAUCCCACAUGCCCAAGCCAAUUAACUUAGCCAAGCGUGUUAGCACUGACCCAGGACAAGCAGCAGCAGGGCCACGCCCACUUAUCUUUCAAUAUUCUACUCAUCUGGAUGCUGCUAAUAGGUUUUACUGUGUAUUAUAUUCAAACCUAGAGGUGUGUGUGUGUGAGAAAUCUCUUCUUUCUGUGAAAGACUGUGUGUAGAUAUAGUUAUGAACUAAAAUGUGAAGUUUUCUUCUACUAAUGGGCCAUGAUGUUCAUUUUAAACGUUAACAUGAAAAAAUAAAAUAAAUAAAUAAAAUCAGUGUGUUUAAAUGGAUUUUUCAUCAUGUUCUGUUCUUGAAUUAUUAUUAUUAUUAUUAUUAUUAUUAUUAUUAUUAUUAUAGAUUAAAGUACCUGUGAUAAUAUCUGUAUUUUUAUAAUUGCCGUCUUUCACAUACGUAGAUGAUUACUGAUACUUCUUGAUGACAUUUGCAAAUUAAUUGAAUUAAUUGCAAUAAAAUUAAUUGAACUGAAAUGUAAAAAUUG